AUGCCUUCGUGCCUGCUGUCAGACAGAAAGCAGCCAGCCAGCAAGGCAGGCAACCAUGCAUCCAGCCAGGCAGAUAGCCAGGCAGCUAUCCAGGCAGACAGCCAGGCAGACAGCCAGGCAGACAGCCAGGCAGACAGCCAGGCAGACAGCCAGGCAGACAGCCAGGCAGACAGCCAGGCAGCCAACCAUGCAACCAGCCAGGAAGCCAGCCAGGCAAGCAACCUAACAGCCAGCCAGGCAGACAGCCAUGCAGGCAGCCAGCCAUGCAACCAGCCAGGAAGCCAGCUAGGCAAGCAACCUGACAGUCAGCCAGGCAGCCAUCCAGGCAGACAGCCAGGCAGACAGCCAUGCAGCCAGCUAGGCAGCCAGCCAUGCAACCAGCCAGGAAGCCAGCCAGGAAGCCAGCCAGGAAGCCAGCCAGGAAGCCAGCCAGGAACCAGCCAGGCGGGCAACCAUGCAUCCUGCCAGGAAGCCAGCUAG